AUGCAUCAUUUAGAUUGCAAUAUAUUAAAGCCUAUCAUAGACGAGAAAAAACUUAUUCCAGAUCAUCAAUUUGGUUUUCGUGAUCAACACUCCCCAAUUGAUCAGGUACAUCGGAUAACAAACGUAAUAGAAGAUACUUUGGAAAAAAGGGGAGUUUAUGCGUCUAAUAUAACACCUACAAAUUGCUUGGGGGAUGUCGCGGUGGUUUACAAUAAAAAUUUUAUCAAAUCAAUUAGUAUUCAUGGCAAAUCUGUUGUUGAUAUAAGACCCGACAUUGAUAAAGAUAGGGUUCUUACCUUCUGCACAGCACUUUUUCGAACAAAAUCCUGCUCUCAGUUGGAAAACAUAUUAUUAAAUGCUGAUAAUCUUCAAUUGUCUUUGCUUAAACCUGUGGACAUUCCUCCUCAAACUUCCUCAAAAAAAAAUUACAAUGCAGUAUCAUUUGACUAUAAAGAAGAAUCCAGCUCUUCAGAGAUAAAUGAUUUUAAAUGGAUAGUCUUGUCAGCAAACUAUGAUAGAAUUAGUCCUGCAAUGCUCAAAAUUCCAUAUUUCGUUAUUAAAAUGCAUGUGAAAAGAAUUAGUGAUAAAGAAAAUAUUACUCUUUUUAAAGAACGUAUUGCUAAGAAGUACUUUAACUGCGAUUAUCAAACUUUGUGUGUACCACAGGGUAGUGUAUUAGGACCAAUCCUUUAUCUCUUGUACACUAGCGACUUGCCUAUACCAGAACAAAGUACUGUUGCUACAUUUGCUGACGACGCGGCUAUUCUGGCGACUGGUAACAACACUAUUGAAACAACAGCAAGAUUACAAAACGCAAUCAACAAAGUGCAAAAUUGGGCUAGCAAAUGGCGAAUUAAACUCAACGAAUCAAAAUCUAUACAUAUUGACUUCACAAAUAAACACACUCAGUAA